UAACACUACUGUUAAAAUAAUCACAAUAUUAUGUAACUAAUUUUUAUAAUUAAGAACUUACUUAUUAUGUGGUACAUGUUUUUUUAUAACGUUUAUUUUUAAUAACACGAUAUAUUAUAAAAUAAGUUUCAUCCGUAAAUAUCUGUAUAAACCGUUCGCCAGAUUGGUUGGUAAUCUGUGUGUAUUCGAUUCCAGUAAACUUCUUCCUAUGGACAAGACAAUGUAAAUCAAACGCGAUGUCCAAAACUUUUUAAUUUGAUAAUAGAAAAACAUUAAAAAAUAUUUCAUAACUACAAUACAUUCAGUAAUAUUUAUAAUACAUAAAUACAUUAAUAAGUUUAAAGUAUAGUUACAUGUAUAUGUAUCUAUAUACCUAGUAUUUAUUGACACAAUUUAAUUUAUCUAAUUGAAGUAUUGAAAAAUAAGUGUUGUCUUAUGUAUUGUGAAUAUAAUUUCAAAAUAUAUUAAAGGCAGAACAUUUUAUUGGAAUAUGAACAUAAACAAACAAUUGUUUACACAAUUUUCUCAUGAAUUGUGUAUAUGAUAACUAUAUUUUAAAAAUAGUAAAAUUAAAAAUUAUGUAAUAUUUUAUUUUAUAAGAAUGUAUUGUUUAUUGCGUCCUUGCUUUCAUAGAAGUUUUCGACUGAUAACAAAAAUCAAAUUGACAUACGUCUGUGUUUGUAUCGGUUUCAUUGUAUUACUUGAUUUUUUCGGGGCAUUCACACAUUUUUUUGAAAUCUCAUAUCAUACAAGUUUUGUUUACCCGUAUGAAGAAGAUGUGCAUGAAUUUGUGAGUGCAUUAAGACAUAAUGAAGAACCAAAAGUUGCACCUAUAUAUGAGUACAAUUACACAUUUGUAAUUAACAACAAACAAAAAUGUAUAGACCCAGCAUACAACAAUUAUCGUGUUGUAUAUAUAGUAAAAUCUGCAAUAGAACAUUUCGAGAGAAGACUGGCAAUUAGGAACUCUUGGGGUUUUGAAAAAAGAUUCUUUGAUGUACCUUCGAAGACAAUUUUUAUGUUAGGCGUACAUUUACAUGAUAGUGAACUUCAAGCUAAGGUUGAAACAGAGGCUAUGAAAUAUAAGGAUAUUGUACAAGCCAAUUUUACAGAUUCUUAUUACAAUAAUUCUAUUAAAACAAUGAUGGCUUUUAAAUGGUUAGUGAAAUAUUGCUCAAACUCGAAAUUUUACAUGUUUGUUGAUGACGAUAUAUAUGUUUCUGUAAAAAAUGUUUUGAGAUUUAUAAGAAAUCCAGCUAACUACCCAGAUUAUUUUAAAGAACCCAAAAAGAUUGGAGCCCAUAAAAGAGAAAUCAAAGUUUCUGACGAAGCAGAAGAAUCAUAUUUUAAAAAUACAGUUGCAACGAGGAAUAGCAAUUCUUCAAAUACAAAUCAUGUUCCUAAAAAUAUAAAAAAUACUACAAAUGAAAUUAUUUACAAAUUGACACAAAAUGAUUAUGUUAAGACAGAACAUACAGGACCUAUGUCUACUAAUGCACCUGCAGAGAUACUUAAAAGUAAAAUAAAUGUUACGAGAAAUGAUAUUGUACCAAACAGAAGAAAAAGACAAAUUUUUGAUUUUGAACUUCCAGAAGAUAUUAGAUUGUAUGCAGGCUUUGUGAUAAUAUCUUCACCUCAUCGUCAUAAAUCUUCUAAAUGGUAUGUUCCUCUUAGUGAAUAUCCUUAUCAUUUAUGGCCACCGUAUAUUACAGCUGGCGCAUAUAUAUUGUCGAAGGAAGCCCUAUUAGAGAUGUAUUAUACUAGUCUUUAUACAAAGCACUUUAGAUUUGACGAUAUCUAUUUAGGCAUAGUUGCUAAGAAAGCAGACAUUGAGCCUUUUCAUUGCGAAGAGUUUCAUUUUUCUAAAAAAGAUUAUACAAAAUUUAAUUAUAAAUAUGUAAUAAGUUCUCAUGGAUAUGGAGAUCCAAGUGAACUAUUAAAUGUAUGGAAUGAACAAAAAGCUCUUGGCAAUGCUUAAAUUCAAAAUUGUUUUUAGUACUAUUUGAAAAUUACACAGUAUUAAUAAAACAUAAUAAAUUAUUAUAAAUUAAUAAAUAUUUAUUAUACUUUAUAUAUAUUUAUUAUUGCACAUUUAUGGUCGAUAUUGUUGUUUGUCCAAGAUUGCCUUAACUAAUGCCUGGUCCAAUUUUGUAGCCUCUCUCUUAAUCAUAUUCAAUAAAAGUUGUGAACUCUCCAAAAUCUACAAUGAAUUUAAUAUUACAUUUCAUGUCUCUUGAAAAAAAAAAAUUAUAAACUCUUAAUAAAAUAUCUAUUUUAUUUGAAAAAACAUAAACAGCAAAAAGACGUACCUUUAUAUACGCAGUUUCUGUAUCGGCGAUAGUUUUAUCAUAUUCGUUUCUAACAGCUAUCCUUUUAGAUAAACUAUCAUUCAAUCGUGUUAGUUUAUAAGAUAAAUUUUCUAUUUCUCUUUGUAAAUUAUUUUUUUCUUCUUCCUGUGCUUCAAUUUGUGUUUGCAACUCUGUACGCCUUAUUUUCAUAUCCUCUAAACCUAAAAAUAUUUUGACGACUAUUACGAAGAGAUUCAAAAUAAAUGGAUUUAUAACCCUGAACGUUGUAAUUAAAAUUAUGAAAAAAAUAAUUAUUUAAAAACUGGUAAAUACAUCGUUAUCAAGUUACGAUGUAAAAUGACUAUCAAAUGAAUGAAACUUUUAAUUCGUUAGAUGUAUAAUACAUGAAUAAUUAAAAAUUUGUAGGUUAUAUGACACUUCUUACAUUUUACAAGUUCUUGAUUAUAUGUUUGUAAAGCAGCACCGUGCUGAGACAUUUCAAACCCUCCAUGCACAAAUUAAUAAUCACAAUAUUUAUGUAAUAAAAAAACGAUUUUAUUCGCUGAAAAAUUUAACUGACAAUUUACUUCAAAUAACAUGAAUACGAUUAAACAAACGUUUCAGUUUUGCCGCGAACCUCAAGAGACGCAUGCGCAUUUGUUGACAUGAAAUUAUUCACAGCAAUUUAAAAAUUCCAAUGCAUACUUAAAAUUUAUUUAGAAGUUCAAAUAUUUCACCAUAACAGAAUUAUUAAAUUAUUAAGAAACAGUAGAUUCUAGAGUCUUAUUUACAUCAAUAUUUCUGCUGCAGCCAAAAUAUUUAUAAGCGUUUAUCCAAUAAUUUUCGAAACAAUAACUACAUGGUACUCGUACGAAAAAAAUUAUCCAAAUAGAAUGUUACGGGCAUUCACAAAAACUUUCAACGUAUAACACGUAUAUGUUAAUAAAACAAUAUUUAUUAACCAUGAACUACUGCAGAAAUUUGUA